AUGAAGUCUUCAGGAAGGACUACCACCAGUGAUGAGAUUGAAUCUGUUAGAGAAGCCAACAACAAAUCCAAAUGCUUUGAUGUUUUGGACAUUGUCCAGGCCAGGAUCCGUGGGUUUACCGAGGAGGAGCUCCGGAAAAUGGAAUCAUUUUCAGAACGAGGAGGAGCAGAUGCACUGGCACAAGGAGGUCCUCCUGUGGCUAGCACCACCUCACCCAAAGAAGAAGCAAAAGAACAGGAAAGCAAGAAGAUUGAGGCAGGAGUGCAAGGAACCCAGAAGACAAAAUGUUCCUUGUGGGGGUUUUAA